AUAAUCAUUUAUACCAGCUGUAAUGAUUUCACCUGUUGCUACACCUUGCCAAGUUCUUUAUGAUUUACCACAUUUUAGAAAUUCUACACAAUCGUUUUUAGAUCCUUCAGAUUGUUCUAAUUUUACAGGCUAUAGACAUUCCUAUUCGACUACGGUAAGUUAUUUCUUAUCACUAAUCAGAGAUAAAGCAUGAUCCAUCAAUUUCUUUGUUACUUAAAAAAAGAAAUAUUUACUUUAUUCCUAUUUCUGUUUUUAUUUUCUAUUAUCUUUCCUGAUGGCUUGUUCGGUUUUACCGAGCAUUCGAAAAACCAAAGGAAGCGUAUCAAAUAAACGCUUUAAUAACUCACAGGAGAAGGCUAGACCGUUAACCGGAUUUAGUGUGAAUUCUGGUAUUACUUUCAAAUCAACGGAAAAUCGGCUUAGCAAAACGACUCUACCGGAUCUUGUUAAUCUUACAAGGAAUUUUAGUGAAAGAGACGUCGAAAGGAAUACUAAACCGACCACUAAUACUAUACAUUGGAACGAUAAUUUUAACGGUUGGGUAGACGAAGGAGAGAACAAAGUUCAGGCUUCUUAUGUAUCAUUUGUCAACAAUGCCCAAAUUACUGAAAGAUCGUCGAAAGAGCAUUUAGAAGACAAGAAUUUGAAGCCCUCUCGAUUAGCAUCGGCACCCUCAGUAAAGAAGCCAUUAGAGGCACGUUUUGGAGAAUCUGCUUUCAGAAACACUCCAGGCUGCAACAAGACGGAUAAUAGAAGUAAUUUAGCUCCGAGAGUUCCAUAUGCAAAAAAAACAGAUAAAACUAUUAAAAAAUCGAAAAAUUCCAAUACAAAAUUGGAUGAAAAGUCCGGUUUUAAUAAUUCGAAUAAAAAUAAUGCAACAAAGCCGGUUAAAUCAACUUCGAAAAACGAUCAGCAAACAAUUGAAAAGGAAGUCGAAACUCAGCAAACACGAGACGACGAAUUGACAUUUAUCGUGCCCGGAUUCCAGGAUGAAUCCGAUGUAAAAGUAAAAAGGGAAGCUGGCAACCAACGUAAUCAAACUCGCGGUAAUUGCGGCUCUUUUAAAUUCGCCGCUGAGAAAUCAAAGACGAAAGGCAAGAAAUUAGCAAAGAGAGUUAAAAAACCUAAAAUUCCCGGAGCUCAAUUAAUCGACAAAAAAAAAGUAGCUUGUAAAGAAGACAAACCAGAGAACGAUGAUGUAGAGAGUGGUUACGGAGAAGAUAAUGAUGCAGAUAACUUUGAUGAUUUGUUGAUUGAAAGAAGUUGUGAUCAGACAAAUACGAGCCCAGCCCCUCAAAGUGUCAUUGACGCUGAGAGUUCAGUCCUGUUAGAGCAAAGCAACUCAAGAGAAUUAUACGAACCCUCUAAUAAGUUGAAAGCCAUUGAAGAAACUUCGAAAAGAAUUGGUAAACGGAAAAACAGGUGGAGAGCUACUUUUCAAUCUAAGACAACUGAUAUAGUGGAAGAGUCUGGUUUACCAAAGCCUCCGGCUUUCAAUAGAAAGGUAAGAGAUUGGAUAUUUAGCGACGAUGAGGAUGAAAUAACAAUUACGCCGACCGCUACAUCUCCAAAAACCCCAACACCAGUCCCCGAUACAAUUGAAAACCCGUUUACUCCGAGAAAAGAAGAAACGCCUUCGCCAGUGGAAACGCUCCCUAAGCUCGUUACUCCUCCCCCUCAAAAAUCAAAACCUGUUGCUAAGAAUAGCAAAGAAUUUGUAAAGAAAAAGGAGGAAACGAGAGAUAAAAGUUGGCAGGAAGAGUUAGAAAGGAAUAAAAGAGCGGAAGAGAGGCGGCGGAAAGCACUUAAUAUGAUAGAAGGAUUGAAAUCUCGUAAAAAAGUCAUCACGAAGCAAACCGAGAUGGAAAAAUUCGAAAACGCCAAGGAAGAUUUUGAUUGGCUAUCGCAAUACUGUAUAUUUCAAGACGGCCAUAUGGAUAUGUAUGAGCGUGCUUUUAAUAUCAUUGACGAGAAUAAAUUAGGCUGGCUUGACUCAGAAAACACAAUGAUUGCCAUAAAAGCUUGUAAUACGAAAUUAACUGAUAUGGAGGAAAAAUACCUAUUACAAAUUUUAGACACAACUGGCUAUGACUUUAGUAAAGGAAGUGAUUUUAAGAUAUUUUCAAUUAUUGCCGCCCUUUCUCACAGGAUCAAAAAAUUAGAUGAUUGGGUUUUGAACUAUUGUGGUAACAUCAGCUUUCGACUGACGAAUAUGAAAGUAAAUAGAGAUAUAGAAAUAUAUAUUUCUACUUUAUCCUCAGACUGAUUAAAUAUGGACACGUUUUUCAUUUAGGUUCAUCUUUGUCGUCAACUAUGGGAAUUAAACGUUGAUCCGGGAACAAAUAGUAUAUCUUUAGAAACGUUAUGUAUCCAUCUGCGGGCAGGUGGCGUUUGCGAUGAUCGGAUCAGCUAUGUAAAGAAGAAGCUAAGUCAUUUGUCCUCGCUAAGUUUACUAGAUUUUUUAAUUUAUUCACCUCUAUUCAUAACAUUACACGAAAACAUGGUCAAUGAUCCCUUGAGCGACGCUAGAAAAGUCUGAAGCUGUUUCAAAUCUAAAUACUUAAUGAGGAUAUUAAAUUUUCAAAGAUUUGUAAAUAGACUGAUAAUACAUCAUUUAAAUUUUUUAAGGUGAUCUUAAUGAUUAUAGGACCAAUUUUAUUUAAUUUUUCUCCACACCUUUAUCUUAAAUUUCUUUGUCAAUAAAAAAUGCCGUCUAAUUACGUGAAUACAUUAUUCAAGUUAAUUGUCAUUAUGAUGCAAAUACUUUUUCUUUCACACCAUAUCCUAAUAAAUAAAAAACAUCUGACUAAGAGUGUAAUUGAUUUCUAGGACAAAAUUAUUUACACUCAGUCGUCUUCCUCUCGCUCAUUUCCUCAAUUAAUUCUUUUCUUUAACAAAUUUCUCUCAUCCAUUUCUCUAGUUUCUUAUUGUCGAUACUUUAUUGGUAUGUAUUGUUUGUCUGCUAAUUAUUCUCAUGAUCAUCUCCAGUACUUCAAUUAUAAUAACAGCACUUAUUCCGCACCAAAGAUUUAACAAACCACCAAGUUUUGACACAACAUCUGCCGAAUUAUAUUUCUCCACUUCAAGGAAUUUUUUAUAACCAUCCCUACCAGUAUUAAUAAAUUUGAUACGCACGACAUUUUCUUGUAAAUUCGAAGAAUUUAUUAAGAGUUGAUAUGCUUCAGUGAAGCGACCUUGCUCCUCUAAUUUUUCAACUUCUAAAAAAAUUCCAUAAUCCUCGAGAAUAUCUUGACGUUGAAGGAACCCAAUGGUUUUAUAAAAGGAAACGAGCUCUCUUUGCGAAGGCCAAAGAGAGUAUGAAAUUCUCGUAUCCCAUUUCGUUUCAGAGCAAGCAGGAUGACAUGUUUUUAGACAAUUAUGAACAUCUUUUAUCGCUGUAAACGUGCAAUUUAAGUCAAUGACGGACUGCACUACAUCCUCAACACUAGAAUUUUUUGUCAAUUUUUGGCAAACGCGUUGCUUUUUAUCAUUUAUAUUAAUAUAAACCAAAAGAUUAGGAUCAAUACAUUGGCAUUGUUUUACUAAUUCCUGUUGAAAGCAAGCAUAUAAACAAGCUUGAUAAUUAUAUUUUAACGAUUUUCCACCUAAAUCGACAAGAUUAGGAUAAGGAGAAGACUCUUUUGAUAUGCAAUUUCCAUGUGGUUUUGGUAGCCUAUCAAUUUCUUCUGGAAUUAGUUGAAGAGUUGAUGAGCGUCCGGGUGGAAUCUCUAUUCCAUUCUCUUCUACAUCAACAAAGGUACCCGGCUGAUGAACUGCAACUUUUGCCCCAUAAAGUUUUGGAAAGCUAUAAGAUGAUCCAAGUACUCGCCGUAACUAAUUUCACCUUGAAAUGAAAAUGGAUUCUGAUUGCAAAUUGUUACUGCUGGAAAUUCGUUCGCAUCACCAUUUUUCUGAACCAUUAAGGUCACUGUGGAAUAUGAUAGGAAAUUGCUUAUAAUAGUAUAACAUUGUAGUCCAGCAACAGAGAAGAGAGCUAUAAUAGAUAUCGUCCACAAAUAUUUUAUUACAUUGGCUUCCGAAUCAAAGACUCUCUUGAAACCUUUAAUAGAAGUUGUUUUAAAAAAUACGUUUAACUCCUCUCUCCAUGCCAUGUUGUAAUUGUAUACACGAACGUGCUUUAACGUAAUAAACUGUGCACACUUAGGGAUAAUGUAUUAUUUAUACAUUUUACAUUAUUUUAAGUAGUCAUUAGUUUUUUU